AAAUCACAACUUUUGCCGGAUGUUGUGUGUGACCUUGUAUAAUGUAUAUCGACAUAUGCGGUUUAAGAAUAGUUAGGCGGUCUGUUUAAUUAACUCAGAAUAGUCUUUUUUGUUUACACUGCUGAUAGUGUACGUUGAGAUAGAUUUUAUAACAUUUUCAUAUUUUCAAGUAAUAUACUCAGUAAAUUUAAGUGAAACCAUCAAAAUAAAAUGGAUUUCUCAUCACCACCCGCUGGAGGCAAGAUGGAUUCUGCUACGAGAGAGCAGUUAAUGACGCAAGUCAAGCAACAGAUAGCUUUAGCAAACGCACAAGAACUUUUGCAAAAAAUGUCAGAAAAAUGUUACAAGAAAUGUAUUGCUAAGCCUGGAACUACUCUUGAUAAUUCAGAACAAAAAUGUAUUGCGAUGUGUAUGGACAGGUACAUGGACACAUGGAAUUUAGUUUCUAGAGUGUAUAGUCAAAGGUUACAAAGAGAAUCCAAUAGAAUGUCUUAAUAUUUGGGGGUGUUAGUGUUGUAAGAUUGUAACUUUUUAUUCAUUGCUGCAUUUUGUAUAGAAUUUUUUAUUGAAUAAAAUUUUACCUGGAAGUUGUCGUAUUGAGAAAAUGUUUUCCAUCCAUCAUUUUAAGACUUGUUGUACCGGUAUCAAUUUGAAUAAAUCAUCUUUA